CUCUUAAACCCUUUUCCGCCGAAUUAGCAAAAUUAAAACCCUAGUAAAACCAAUUUCCCCCUUUUUCUUUUAGCCUCUCAGUUCAGUUCAAUUCAGUUAUCGAAAAUGGUGGCCACUCAAUUAGAUGAAGAAACUGUUCAGAAAAUCAUUCGUCAGGUGGAGUUUUAUUUUAGUGAUAGUAAUAUUCCAAGAGAUACUUUUCUUAGGAAUGCAAUCACUGAGAGUGAAGAUGGGAUGGUUAGCUUGGCAUUGAUAUGUUCUUUUUCCCGUAUGAGAGGUCAUUUGGGAUUGGGGGAUAUAAAGGCUGAAGAGGUUUCGGAUGAUACAGUGGAAGCUGUGGCCAAGACAUUAAAGGCCAAAUCGACCACUCUUAAAAUUUCCGAGGAUGGAAAGAAGGUCGGAAGGACCACGGAACUCCCGAAACCAGAAGAGGUAAUUGAGCAAUUGGAUAGCCGAACGAUUGCUGCAUCACCACUUGAGUAUGAUAUAAAAAUUGAGGAGGUGGAAUCCUUCUUUGGACAAUCUGCGAAGGUCAAUAGUGUGAGGCUACCUCGUCAUGUUGGUGAUAAGAGGGUAUUUUGUGGUACAGCUCUUGUUGAAUUUUCAUCAGAGGAGGAUGCCACAAACAUUUUGACACAAAGUUUGGUUUUCAGAGGCACUGAGUUGGAACUAAGGCCCAAGAAAGAGUUUGAUGAAGAGAGAGCAAAGGAAGAAGAAGCUGAGACUAUCCGUCGCAAUACGUUGGCAAACCGUAAAAAUGGUACUCAGGAAGAAGACUACCCAAAAGGCUUGCUUGUUGCCUUUAAAUUGACAACCACAUCUGCUGAAAAGGUAAAAUCUUGUGAUAGUAUUGGUGCGAAACCAGAUGCUAUGGAAUUGGUUGCUGAGGGCACUGAUGAAGCAAGUGAACCAAAGGUUGAUGUUAAGUCGAGUUCAGAAAAUGCAGAAGCUGAAGAAGAUAAGACUGAUGAGAAUAAGGAGACUAGAAAAACAUCUGCUGACAUGUACAAGGAUGAUAAGAAUGUUGUUUUACGUGAGGAUCUCAAGAGUGUAUUCCAGAAAUUUGGUACAGUUAAGUUUAUUGACUUCAAGAUGGGGGAAGAAUCAGGAUACAUACGGUUCGAAGAAGCAGAGGCUUCACAAAAGGCACGUGCUGCUGCCGUGCUUACUGAAGAAGGCGGUCUGCUUGUAAAAAACUAUGUUGCUAUUCUAGAUCCAGUAACAGGUGAAGCAGAAAAGGAAUACUGGAUUAUGCUACGCAGCCAAGAAAAGUCUCGGGGAAAUAAAGGCAAUUGGAGCAGGGGAGGAGGAAAAAACAACAGAGGCGGACGAAAUUUUAAUGGGAAACAAAAUCGCUCAAGAGAUAAUAAUUCUGGAAAUCGACAGAACAAGUUUCAAAAAGUUGCAGCGGCUUAAAUUAUAUCUACAACUGUCUUCCUAUGAUACUUUAGGAAAUUGUUACUUCUUUUUACUAAAAACAUCAAGCAAUACUGUAUUUUCGUUUUCUUACGUUAUGUUUGUUUUUUCAAUAUAAAAUGUGUUUUAGUUUCUGGUA